CAAUCCACGACACACCCAAAAAUGCAGAGCGAUGAUGACUCCCAGGCGCUGUCCAGGCGUAUGCGUACGUUAUCUUUGCACCUCACCCCUAUUCCUCGACCGCUCUCUGGUCCCCAAUCCCACCUGCAGAUGCUUACCUGCGCAAAGGCCAAGCUUGACGUCGACCCUGCUGUUCUGUCCCAGUACGUCAGGGGUAAGCAUAGAGAUAUUCAGGAGAGAGUCUUGGAAUACUUCAAUUCUAGGCCCGAACUCCAAACCCCCUUGGAGAUUUCUAAAGAUGCCCAUCGUGACCUCUGUAUGAGGCAACUUCUUGGCUUGGUCAGGGAAGCGGGAAUUAGGCCCUUUAGAUACGUGAUCGAAGAUCCCUCUAAGUACUUUGCCAUUCUCGAAGCUGUCGGUUGCGUCGACAUGUCUCUUGGGAUUAAGAUGGGUGUGCAAUAUAGUCUUUGGGGAGGUUCUGUUAUCAAUUUGGGAACCAAAAAGCAUAAGGAUAAAUACUUCGACGGCAUUGAUAAUUUGGACUACCCUGGUUGUUUUGCUAUGACUGAACUGCAUCACGGUUCGAAUGUGCAGGGCCUCCAAACAGUUGCCACUUUUGAUCCGAUCACUGAUGAGUUCGUCAUCGAUACACCUACUGAUGGUGCCAUCAAAUGGUGGAUCGGCAAUGCUGCAGUUCAUGGAAAAUUUGCCACUGUCUUUGCUAGGCUUUUAUUACCAACUUAUGAUUCGAAAGGUGUUUCUGAUAUGGGUGUCCAUGCUUUUAUCGUCCCUAUAAGGGAUAUGGAGACUCACAAGACACUUCCAGGAAUUGAGAUACAUGAUUGUGGUCAUAAAAUUGGAUUAAACGGUGUAGAUAAUGGAGCAUUAAGAUUUCGUUCAGUAAGAAUACCUCGAGAUAAUCUUCUGAAUAGGUUUGGAGAUGUCUCUCGUGAUGGGAAGUACAGUAGUAGCCUUCCUUCUGUAAACAAACGGUUUGCUGCAACAUUAGGGGAGCUUGUAGGUGGUAGGGUGGGGCUUGCAUAUUCUUCUGUUAGUGUCCUGAAGGUUGCUGCCACAAUUGCCAUUCAAUAUUCUCUACUUCGUCAGCAAUUUGGACCUCCAAACCAGCCUGAAGUUAGUAUUCUUGAUUACCAAUCUCAACAACACAAGCUUAUGCCAAUGCUGGCUUCAACUUACGCAUUUCAUUUCGCCACUGCGUAUUUAGUGGAAAAAUAUUCAGAAAUGAAGAAGUCUCAUGAUGAGGCAUUAGCUGGAGAUGUCCAUGCUCUUUCAGCAGGUCUUAAGGCUUAUGUGACCGCAUAUACCGCAAAGUCACUGAGCACCUGCAGGGAAGCCUGUGGAGGCCAUGGUUAUGCUGCUGUAAAUCGGUUUGGUAGCUUGAGGAAUGAUCAUGACAUUUUUCAGACAUUUGAAGGGGACAACACAGUUCUUCUCCAACAGGUUGCAGCUGAUCUACUGAAACAAUACCAGCAGAAGUUUCAAGGUGGGACUUUUGCAGUCACGUGGAAUUACUUGAAAGAAUCCAUGAACACAUAUCUCUCCCAACCAAAUCCGGUGAUUACUCGGUGGGAAGGGGAAGAGCAUUUACGAAAUCCUCAGUUCCAGUUGGAUGCUUUUAGAUACCGCACAUCAAGGUUGCUUCAAAGUGUCGCUGUACGACUUCGCAAGCAUUCUAAAACUCUUGGGAACUUUGGUGCAUGGAAUAGAUGCUUAAAUCACCUUUUGACACUUGCAGAGUCACAUAUAGAGUCCGUCAUCCUUGCUAAAUUUAUUGAAUCUGUGCAGAGCUGUUCUGACCCAAGUUCCAAGGCAGCUCUUAAGCUCGUCUGUGAUCUUUAUGCCCUGGAUAGUAUUUGGAACGACAUAGGAACCUACCGUAAUGUUGAUUAUGUGGCACCCAAUAAGGCCAAGGUAUGCUGA